UCGUAGAAAAUUUGGCUAACGCACAUACGUCGAGAUGGGUUGUACCAAGAUAUUUUUACGUCUCUCUGCCUAAUGAUCGCAAUUUUAAAAUUAAAGUCACCGCCAACGAGUAUACACCGUAACGCAAGUGUGUGCGUAGUGUUGACAGUGAAAGAAUAACAUACAAUUAAAGCGGAAACACAAUAUUUUUAAAAUGUGGUGUAUUCGUAUGGCGUAAUGUUCACCCAAGGUGUUUGAACGGCUCAACCCGGAAUGGCUUUGUUGAAAAGCAAGGUAAAAGGAUGUAGAGACCCAAAAAUGAUGGCUGUUAAUAGUAGAAUGCUCUUUACGUUACUAUUUUUACUCCAAAACAGAGCAAAUGGUUGCAAGAGUUUAGUAGACUCGAACUCGAACAUCGAAUCUAAAGAAUUGUCACACUUAGAUUCAAGCCAGAUUUCACAAAACAAAUUAGAUUUUAGCGUAACUAAAAAUGGUGCUGGAACAAUAAGAAAGCAAGGCACUGACUUAGAUUUAAAAUCAAUCAAACGUCCAAACUUUAGCAAUAUAGAACAAAUAAAAGACAUAUUUGAAGAUUCUCAUUACGAAUCCAGCCAUCGCUACAAGAGAAAAGCUCCAGAGCGGAGUCUUUCCAACCUUUUCAAACGACUCAAUGAGGAACUGAAGAAGGAUGACCUUAUGGCCGCUGACGCCAAUCCUAGGUUAGAACCCAACUACACUGGAACACCAAAGAAGAUGAACGAUGAUUCGCGCUUUGGUGGCAUUAACACCGAGCAGCUGUACAACAAGAAGAACGACAAAAUUCGCCAGUUGCAUCUGCAGCACAACGAGGAAAAGCUCAAAAUCGUGGAACCGGCUCUGGACACCGACUGCGAGUUUGAGACGGAAUGCACUUGGACCUGGAGGAAGGACAUCGCCAAUGGGUUUUUUGUGACUUCGGGGGACAAACUGGCCAUGAACGAGACAGGACCUAAGGUGGACGCGAGCUCAAACGCCCUUGGAAAUUUCUUGUUGCUGCGACUAUCUUCACCAAUGACAUCUGAAUUUCUCCACGUGACUAGUCCCCUAUUUAGCCCCACACGAAAUUCCUGCCGGCUUCAGGUCUGGAUUUAUCAGGAAAAUAUGAACAAUGCGGAAAUCCGCAUUGUGGGAGAUAAAACAACAAAUCAUUCGCAAUCUAUCAACAACCACACUCAAUGGCUUGUUGAAAGGAUACGAGGAGAUAACAGCAAAAAGUGGCGAAAAUAUGAAUCACCCAUUGGAAAAAUGUCGGAAAAUUUCACUAUAAUUCUCGAAGUUGUGCCAUCACAGACAAUAACGCAAGGAGCUGUUGUAGCAUUUGACAAUAUUGCAUUGACACAUUGUUACCCUAAACUCGAUGAUACAUGCACACCUCACCAAUAUCGCUGCAAAUCCACCACAAACUGUAUUAAUAACACCAGUAUUUGUGAUAUAACACAGGAUUGUCUGCUUGGUGACGACGAAAGACAAAAUUGCGAUGGUAUGCCCUAUGGGUCCAGAUGCACCUUUGAAGAAGACUGGUGCGGGUGGUACAACGUUGAGGGUAGAAUUCUAGAAUGGACCCGUCAUAAUGGGUCGACACCAACAAAUUACACUGGACCCAAUUACGACCAUACUUACAAAAAUAGCACCGGGAAAUAUCUCUUCGUAAAUAUGCUCAAGGAAGAAGCAAGUUUUGCAAGCUCUGCCACUCUCAGGAGUGUUAUUUUUAACCCUCCACCAAGGGUGCACGGAAAUGUUUCUUCCAAGUAUUACAACUCGUGUGCUAUAAGGUUUUACCUACACCAAACGGGCAAGCACAAGAGUGGGAUCCAGCUCCAAGUUACCGAAUUAAAACCCACUGACAAUUAUUCAACUGAAAUUUUGUGGAGUUUCAUCGAUUAUGGCGAUAAAUGGAUACGUCAAGUCUUCAUUUUACCCAACAUAACUCACAAAUACUUCAUACACUUUGAUGCUAAAAGAGGCUACAGAUACAUCAGUGAUAUUGCAAUUGAUGAUGUUUCACUUAGUCCCGAAUGUUUCGGACUAAAUAUACCCCCAGAGGAGCUCAACGGGUACAACUACUGGAAUCCUUACGACGAACAUGUCGGAGGAAGGGAAACACACAAACACUUUGUCAAUGAAACAAGUUAUCACAUUACAACGUGUAAUGCGAAGGGCCGUUUUGGCCCCACUGAAAGGAACUGUGCAGUGGCAUACAAUCACACCAAAGUCAAAGUUAAGGUUUUGAGUGAACCUGGUUUGAGUGGAGUUCAAAAAUGGACAUCACCAAGCGAUGGAUUCUAUACGUUUAUUUUAGUCGGAGCUAGUGGUGGUAAAGGAAGUGGUGCUAUGGGUUCAUCAAGGGGUGCGAUGGUGAGAGUUGUCCUGGAACUAAGGAAGGGACAAGAGAUAUACAUGUUGAUUGGACAAGAGGGCACCAGUGCUUGUGUUAAGUCACUUGGACACGAAGGCAACUCCUCCUGUUCAUCUGUUAAAAAUGACGACAGGGUUAAAGGAAUUCGCGAAUUUCUAAACAUGACUAUUAACGAUGGUGGGGGCGGUGGUGGUGGAGCAACAUUCCUAUUUUUGCGCAACAAAAGCAGACAAUACAUCCCUAUAGCUGUAGCUGCUGGAGGAGGAGGUCUAGGCCUUGGCCGUUUCAUCGACACCGGCAGACAACACGGACAAGCUAUCAACAUGUCAAAACCGCCUUUUACCGGCCGCAUGUACGGAAAAAAUUCUGCUGGUGCUGGUGGUGGCUGGAAAAUGUUCCCUGGGAUUGUAAACGUGGGUCACAAGCAGUUGAUGGGUCGGGCACUCCUCGAUGGGGGUGGUAUUGGUGGGAGGGCUUGUUAUAACUCCACCGAUGAUCGUGGUUAUGGCGGGUUUGGGGGUGGAGGUGGUGGGUGCAGAUCUGGGGGUGGCGGUGGAGGAUUUGCAGGAGGGGACGCCACCUCAACUAAUACGACCAAUGGUGAAGGAGGGUAUUCUUAUAUUGACCCCAGCAGGACUGUGCUCAACUUGUCUGAAGCACAUUCGGGGUAUAAUGCUGGUCCAGGGUCCGUUUUGAUCAUUCCUGCAAUUCCGGGAUGUGAUUGUAAUUAUCGAUGUGUGGCGUUGGAUUCAAGGAAGUCGCUAACUGCAUGUAUUUGUCCCAAGAAUUGGAAGCUUGAUUCCGACGGCAAGACGUGCAUCACUGUUCCAGAAAACGCAGCAGGAGACGCCACUUCCUGGAUCCUCAUCGUCUUGAUCAUCUCAGUGAUCUUCUUGACCACACUUGUGGCAUUCAUUUGCUUCAUCCUUUAUAACAGAUACCAACACCAAGCUUCUGGAAUCUUACGCCGAAAAAUGCUUUCCGGCGCUGACCUCCAGUUAGACCGCCUUCGCGUAGCUUCCGACAGCAUGAUGACCGAAUAUAACCCAAACUACGAGUUCGGAGGAGUCGUUUACACACUAAAGGACUUGAAAGAUAUCCCACGAGAACAACUGCGACUUGUUAAGGCUAAUUCGGGCUCAAAUUCAAAUUUACAUUCAAUUGAAGACAACGUCGAUCUGAUAGCUUUGGGACAAGGCGCUUUUGGAGAGGUCUACCAAGGAUUUUACCGGCAAAGGCCUUGCGAUACGGUUGAAAUGCCAGUUGCUGUAAAAACACUCCCUGAAAUGUCCACGUCUCAAGCCGAAAUGGAUUUCCUAAUGGAAGCUCUAAUUAUGUCGAAAUUUAAUCACCCUAACAUCGUCCACUUUAUUGGAGUUUGUUUCGAUAAACACCCAAGGUUUAUAGUUUUAGAACUACUAGCUGGAGGCGACCUUAAAAACUUCUUAAGAGAGUCAAGACCAAAACCUGAACGUGGCAGUCCUUUAACCAUGAAAGAUUUAGUGUUAAUUGCAGUUGAUGUAGCAAAGGGUUGUAAAUAUCUGGAAGACAACAGGUUUAUCCAUCGAGACAUAGCCGCAAGAAAUUGUUUGUUGACCACUAAAGGGCCAGGCCGUGUUGUGAAAAUCGCCGAUUUUGGUAUGUCUAGGGAUGUCUACAGGUCUGAUUAUUAUAGAAAAGGUGGUAAGGCAAUGCUUCCGAUCAAAUGGAUGCCACCGGAAGCUUUCCUCGAUGGUAUUUUUACGAGUAAAACUGAUGUUUGGUCGUUUGGAGUUUUACUAUGGGAGAUUAUGUCGAUGGGCUACAUGCCUUAUACAGGGUGCGCUAAUAGAGAAGUCAUGCAGCUUGUAACAAGUGGAGGACGUUUAGACCCUCCAGCCAACUGCCCAGGUCCUAUUUACGGCAUAAUGACGCAAUGUUGGCACCCAACCCCCGAGCAGCGCCCCACUUUCGCCACAAUCCUAGAACGCCUCGGCUACUGCCUCCAAGACCCCCAAGUGAUGAACGCCCCCUUGCCGGUCUUCAACCGCCCCCCAUCCAACGAACGCGACGCCACCGUCAUGCGACCACUGAGCUCUGACGAAAACUGCCUCCAAGUGGUGCCCCAGUCCUCGGACUACUUGAUCCCCAACCACACGAACGUUUCGAACCCGAUCGGAUCGUCAUCAUCGGUGGAGAAACUCCUACCCGAGAACUCCGACAGUUGGGAGACCUCCUUCAUCAUGCCCCAGUCCAGGUCAACCCAACCGCUCCUGCUGGAGUGCGAACAGAAGGAGGAGGAGGGAGCGAGUUCUAUGGAUAAGUUGGUGGCGAUCGACAGUUUGUCCAACAGCAUGGUGGGCAAUCACAAUAAUAACAUGAAAGACAUGAACUCCCUCAAGUCCGGGAUCUCGUUAGAUGCGGGAGCGCUGGCUAAACAAUCUUUGACACCCAAUAAGUACAGUAAUCUCCUGACUGGUGACGCCGUGACAGGGAACGGUGUUUUACAAAACGGACCUGUCUCGCAAAAUAAUUACCUAAAUGCAAAUGCCAGCAAAUUUUUAAACGAGACGGAGAUCAAUUGUUAGAAAGAGAGUGGAGAGGAUUUGCAUAUCCGUAGAGGUGAUUUGUUGAGUUUAAGGUAUGUACAGGGUGGUGCAUUUUGAAUGUCGGAAACUAAGAAGUUGGAGGUUUUUUUUUUUGAAAAAAUAAUUUUAGUCGAAACCGCUCUUACUAAGCAAAAGUUGUUAUUUUAGCAAAACAUUAUUACGUAUAACUAUUACUAUUACAAAAGAUAAACAUUUUAUUAUGCGGGCACUUUUUCCGGAAAGUCAACGAUUUUUGUAAUCAUGCAUUUAGCUGUAAUAAAAUAAAUGAAAUUGUAGUUUUUCAAAUAGAAAUCAUAGUUGGCUAAGAUAUAUGAAAUCUGAAAAAUAAAAAAGCAUUCGGAGUUUUUAUUAAAAUUGUGUGAAAGCUUGUUAAAGUAAAAAAAAUGUAAAAUUAUGAAAAUAAGCUACAUUAAAGUUCUUUUCAAUUAAAGUCAAAGUUGAAAAUCGUUUAAAAAGGUGUCCAGGACAUUGAAAAACAAGUGAUACUACCAUUAAAUAACAGGGCUUUGAUGGUUUAAAGGGCUAUUAGACGUAGCCUUAAUAUUGAUAUUUUUUUUAUGGUAAUUAACUUGAAGUUUGUCAAUGCAAAAUAAAUAAAUAAAUUUUUAUUUCGCUUUCUGUAAACCAACCCCUAUCCUUUGUCCUUGCAAAAGUAUGAAAAAUAUAAUAAAGUACUUCCAGAUAGUUUUCGUAAUUUUUUUUAGAGUUCGAAUCUGUCUCAAUUUCAAAAAUUUUAUUAUCAGUUUCAAAGGAAACCAAGCAACAAGUUUUUAAGUUUUGCUUUUCUGAUGCUUAUACGGAAACUUAAUACAUUUUUCAAAAACCGAAGAAAACGAUCCUUUUUACUGUGAAAAUUGUGAAAUAAUCUUCUAGAUAACGCUAGCUAUUAGAGGACAUUACUAGUAAAAUUCUUUAGCUAAAUAAUUAAUUGAACCUUUGCAAUAAUUAUUAUAGAAUGAUUUAUUAGAAAAUGUUUGAAUUUAGUCUUUGAUACUGUUAACUAAAGUAUUUUUUUGAUAAAUAUUACUUUGGUACUUGAUUCAAACAAAAUGACGCUUUAAAUAAUUAUUAUUAAGACAAAAAAAUAUAUAGUUUAUACUAUAGCUGUUUAAAAUGUAUGCAAAUGUCCGACUUUAUGUAUUUUAUUUAUUUAUUUUUUGUUCAUUUUCUUUAAGCAUCUCAUUGUUAUGUUAAUUUCUCCUUUUAUUUUGCUUUCUCACUGCACUAUAACAAAAUUUUGGAGGUGUCCGGUUUUUUUUUUGGAGGCGAUGUUUUAUCUUUGCAAAGAAAAGUCGUUUUGAAAGAGAGUUUUAUUAAGGGUGUUAAACGCGACUUUUAAAUUUUACAAUUUUUUGAGAAUUUUGUUUAACUUACUUUUUAACAAAAAAUAAUGUUUUAUCAAAAAAAAUCUUAAGAUUUUCAAUAUAUAGUAACUUCAAUCUAUCAUUCUUUAGUAAUAGGACAUUCUCUGUUGAAUUAAUUCCAGGUAACUGUCGACCAAAUUUUUAAAUAAAAACGUGUUUUGUUUACCAAAAAUCGCAAUUUUUUUUAAAAACUAUUUUUUAAAUUGUCUUUAAUUGAAAAAAAAGUUCAACUUAUGCAAAAAUAUAAGCUUUAAAAUGAGUUACUUUUGGCAAGUUUUUUAAUCUAUUGUUAGUUUAUUAUAUAACAAUUUAUUCUUACAGUCCUAAGUGUGUAUUUUUUGCAUUUUGCAGUUGACUAAACCUAUUUUUUAACGAAAAUUGUUUUUAAUUAAAAAAAAGUUCAAAGUUAUUUUGGCUUGUUUUUCAAUCUAUUGUUACAGUUUAUUAUAUAACAAUUUAUUGUUACAGUCCUAAGUGUGUAUUUAUCUGCAUUUUUCGUUUCACUAACCCUAUUUUUUAACGAAAAUUGUCUUUAAUUGAAAAAAACUUUAACUUAUGCAAAAAUUUAAACUUUAAAUAAGUUAUUUUGGCUUGUUUUUUCCAAUCAUUUGUUACAUUCUGUUACCUGAACCAAAAAUUUCAAUAAAUAAUAUAAUUAAAAUUUAAAUAAAAAUCCCCCUUAUUUAAUGGAUGCGGAAAAUUGUAAAAAAAAUGUUCUAAAAUUUUCAGCUUAUUUUGUUCGAUUUAACUUAUUUAAUUUUUCAAUAAGAAUAAAAAGAAGUUUAAUUUCUUCACAACAAUCCGUUUUUUUAAAUAGUUGGCCUUUUUCUGUUGAAUUAUCAUAUUUCAAGUUGUACACUUCCAUAUUUUAAUAUAAAAUGCAAUUUCAGCUAAUUUAUAAACUGCAAAGUUUUCAUAAAGCAAGUUCUAAAUUUGAAUUAUGGGACAAUAAUUUUUUGAAAAACGGUUGCUGGCUUUAAUAAAAAUAAAUGCCGAAUUUGUGCAAAAUAAGCUUUGAUAUGAAUUUUUUUGACUUGAUUCGUUCAAUCUGGCUUUUAAAGAAUUGUUUAUUUUUAUUUUGUGGAAUGCCAGAAGUUGCAAAACUGACGAAAUUUUGUUAAAACUCUUGCUUAUUUUGCUAGAUUUUUUAAUCUAACCAAAAAGAAGCUUUCGAAAAUGUCAUAGCUUUUAAUAAUUUUCAUUUAAAAUAAUACAACUUUACUUAUACUAUGACAGCAAAACGAAUGGUUAAAAAAAUGUUGACUACAUUAUGAAAUACUCCAUAAAAAGUUCGUAAUAUCUUUGUUCCAAAUGUGUAUCUUUUAUAAUAGGAAAGACAUGAAUUUUUUAAGAUUUCGCUAAAAUAUCAACUUUUUGUAAGUUGAAAACAAAAGACGGUAACGGGGUGCUGUUUUGACCAAAGUUAUUUUAUCAAAAAAUUAACUCUUUUACUAAACCUCUUGGUUACGGACAUUCAGAACGCACCACAAUACAGAGACGUACUGAUAUAUUUUUUAAAAAGUGUACCUAUUGUUUGAAAUACGAAAAAUGCAAUCAUUUAAGCUCAUAAAAUUGGUUGUGCACUAAGAACUGUUCCCUCAUUUUCGUGUUUCCGUUACAAAAAGUCGAGACAACUUAACUGUAAACUAACUGUAAUGUGAUGUUUGAGAUUUUUGUAUAAAAUUCGUUUGAUAAAUUUUGCUCAGUUAAAUAAAUGAAAAUAUUUUAUUGUAAACAGAGUAUAUUGUUAGAGUAAGUAGUAAACGGUAUGUAUUAAUACAGGGUGUUUUCGAAAAUACCGCUUUUUAUGUAUUUUAAAACACCCUGUAUUUUAAUGUUAUCACUAUAUAAAAAUGAAGUACUUAAGUCGUUUAUUUACGCAUGAAUGAAUCGUUGAAUGAAUGUUUUGUUUAAGUAUUUUAUACAUGUGCAAUAGUAUUGGAAACACUUUUUUUUAACGAAAUGUUAUUAUAAACUGGUUGCGAUAGACCACUAAAAAUAAUAGAUGCUAUUUGUAGAAGAAACAUACAUAAGUAAUAAUAUGCUUUUGUUACCAUAUUGUUACUUUAGUGUUAUUUUUAUUACUGUACUUAAUUACUAGAUAGUCAAAAUAGCUCAAAAUUUUUAUUAAUCCCCCUGUCCGUUAAAUUAUUAUGUAAAUUGUGUUGAAUCUUUAGGUUUUUGUAUUGUCCCAAGUGUAAUAUUUUGUAGUAUAUCAUAAAUGAAUAAAAAAUAAUGCUUUAAGUAAUUUUAAGACCUGUACAUAUUGAGUGUAAUGGUAUCUCAAAAUGGAAUGUUCAUACUCUAGAGACUUAAGAACGGUUGUUUUAGAAAUGAAACUGUGUCCAAGAAUUUGUUGCUUCUAAGUAUUAUUAAGCUUGAUGUAAAUAUUAAGCUUUGAUUUUAAAUGAUAUUAUGUUAUUAUAAAUAAGACUGUUUUUAAAUACUUAUCUAAUUAAUAGAAACACAGACUCGUUUCUAAAACAAUCAUUCAUUCCGAUGUUACAUUUUAAAAUAGAGUAUGUUGUUUAUAUUUUGUAUCCGUACUGAAAUAUACUGAACACACUGUAUUCUAAUGUUACAUGAAAUAUAUAGGUGUUAACAACA